AUGUACAGCGUCCAGUCCCCCCGCCCUUUGAGGGGCUGCCGCGAGGCGGCGGAGACGGGCAGGGACAGGGAGCUCCGCCGCGACAACAAAGUGCGCACGCGGACGCGUGCCAGGCGGCGCGAGGAGGAGAGCUUGAGGAAGGAAAUCGAGGCGCAGGAGCGGCUAGAUGCGGAAGAGGCCGAGUACCGCCGCGUCUGGAACGAAGGCAAUGAACUCUUCUACAAGAAAAAACAUCAGGAAGCAGCGGCUCAUUAUUCUGAAGCUAUUAAAAAGAAUCCAAAUGAACCUGCAGUUCUUAGCAACAGAGCUAAAUGUCACAUCUUUCUCGGAGCUCUGCCUGAAGGUUUGGUAGAUGCGGAAAAAUGCAUUGAGCUGGAUCCUACUUUUCUGAUUGGUUAUGUGUGUAAAGCCAAGGUUCAAGCCCUGAUGCACAAUUAUGAAUGUUCUCUGGCAACAUAUAUAGAGGGUUUGAAGUGUGAUCCAAACAAUCUCGUUGUAACUGAUGGCUUAAGGAGAUGUCUGGCAUGUAUUAAGAGGUCUAGUGGCGGCGACGUUGGGCCUGAUGAUUUAAAAGACAUUUUGAGGGAUUGGCAUUCAGACAUUGAUUUGUGCAAUGAACUUAAAAAGUACAUGGAAGAAGUUGCAGUAUUCAAGAAAGAAGCCUCUGACGAGCGCUUGAGGCGGAUUGAAUCUGAACGAAUGGCAAGGACAUUAGAGGAACAGCAGGUGCAGCGACAGAAAGAAACCGAUGAAGAUCGUUCCAAAACACAUCAAGAAUUGCAACAACUUAAAGUACGGCAAGAUGAGGUCACUGAUGAACUUCAGAAAGCCAAUCAACAUAAUGAGCAUAUUCAACAUGAGCUCAUUGAAUCCAAAAAUAGUUAUAUUGAGGAACUUCAGAAAGUCAAAGUGCAUAGCGAGAAUGUUCAACAUCAGCUCUUGGAAUUCAAAGAGCGUUGUAAUCAGCUUCAAUCAGAGCAUGACCAAUUGCUAAAUGAACGAGAUUGUGCAGUUGGAGAGGUUGAAAAGUUACACCAGAGAAGAGGCGAGAUCCUUUCAGUUUUGCGCACGGCGAUGCCCCGCCGGUUUUCAUCAUCUGAACUGGAGUGGGCAACAGGAAAUUUGAAUACUUCACUAAAGAUAGGAGGAGGUGAAUUUGCUUCUGUGUACCAAGGUGUCCUCUGGAACAUGAAAGUUGCAAUAAAGGUGCUGAGACCUGAUGUUUUACAAGGGCGCUCGCAGUUUGAAGAAGAGAUUGCUAUACAUAGUAGAGUGAGACACCCCAACAUGGUAACUCUGCUAGGAGCAUGCCCAGAGUCAUAUGCGCUUGUCUAUGAGUUCUUAUCAAACGGCAACCUUGAAGAUUUUCUUUUAUGUGCGGAUAAGAGGCAGACUCUGACAUGGCAUAUUCGUGUCCGUAUUAUUGCUGAGAUAUGUUCAGCUCUGAUAUUUCUGCACGAGAACAAACCUGAUCCAGUUAUUCAUGGAGAUCUUAAGCCUGCCAACAUUCUACUUGAUGCUAACUUAGUCAGUAAGCUUAGUGACUUUGGUAUUCCUCAUCUGCUGAACCAGUCCAACAGCAAUAGCACCAAGCAUCCCGUGGAGACCUCUGUAUACAUGGAUCCAGAAUUUCUUGCCACCUGGAAGAUGACAACUCGCUCUGAUGUUUAUUCUUUUGGAAUUGUAGUCUUGCGGCUUUUAACUGGAAGGUCUCCUGUUGGUAUAAUAAAGAUUGUGAAGGAUGCGAUGGAUCAAGGUGACCUGAACUCUAUAGUUGAUACCUCAGCGGGAGAGUGGCCUUAUGUGCAAAUCCAUCAGUUAGCAGAGCUUGCUCUCAGCUGCACUGAGCUAAGCAGGACGUGCCGGCCUGAUCUUUCAGGCCAGCUGUGGACAGCAGUUGAGGCUAUGAGGGAUGUUGCGGCAUCAUCUUCACUGUCAUCUCCGAGUUCGGUGCGGGAUGAAAACAACAUACCGUCAUACUUUAUCUGUCCUAUAUCUCAGGAUAUCAUGAAUGAUCCACACGUUGCAGCGGAUGGAUUCACCUACGAAGGCGAUUCUAUUCGGAGCUGGCUUGGUAGGGGUAAAAAAACAUCCCCGAUGACCAACCUGCAACUUCACAACCGCGAGCUCAUCCCCAAUCUUGCUCUCCGCUCCGCCAUUCAGGAUUGGCUCCAACAGCACAACACGCUGCUGCAAUAAUCUGUUCAGUUUGAAUUCUUUUGUCCCAACCGCCCCAAGUAUCACCAGGGCACGGCAGUUCUUGCUCCAAACCAAAAUCUUGGACUUGGA